GCCUUGGACACCCCAUCGGACCCCAUCGGAGCCUGUCACAGCUCGCUGGUGGCAGGGAGCCGAGCCUGGGAAUGCCACCAGUGCCACCAGUGCUCUGUGACGUCAGGCAGAACAGGGACAAAGAGGUGACACCAGGCAGCGAGCUUGGGGACUGUCCCGUGCCGCCUGGGUGCACCCGAGGCCACCGGGGCAGAUGCUCAGAGGGUGAAUCAGCUGCAGGGUCCCUGGGGAGGGGCAGGGGGACAUGGGGUGCUGUGGAGGAACCCAGCUCCGCAGCACCCUCUUGCUAGACAGCCCCCGGCACUAAAGUCACCUCCUGCCCCGCCACAGACACAGAGUCCCGGGUUGCAUCCUUCCCAGCCGUGCCCUCGGCCACAGCCCUGCUGGGUGGGAGACCCUUGGGUGUCAGCGGGGCCCCCCGGGUGCCCCCGUUCGCAGCAGGGCCAGGACGAGGAGGGGAUGGACCCCAGCAAGCUGCCAAAACCCUGCAGUCCUGCAGCCACCAAGGCUCAGCAGCAGCCACCACCAUGUGGCUCAACAGAAAGUCGGGACACAUCUGCCUGCUCCCAAGCCCCAUCGGCUCCCAGGAGGGUGUCCUCAUCCGGCAGGACUUCCACAUCCAGCCAGAGUGCCAAGUCCUGCAAGAAAUCCACAUCCAGCAGGACCCCCGAGGGGGCUGCCCUGUGGUGCAUGGUACUGAUGGCCGAGACGUAUCCACCCAGGCAGGCAGUGUACAGGAAGGACGUGCCGAAGGCAGAUAAAGCAACGCAGACCCCCUUUUCCUUCGAGGUGUUACAGAAGGAAUGGCUGCCACAGGGCAAGAAGAAGAAGGAAAAUAAGUACAUGAGCGAUGACCAGGAUCAGCCGCAGCAGCGAGCCUCAAGGGCCAGCAGUGCCACAGAGAGCUGCUCCCAAGCCUCACAGCACAGAGCCCCUGGCCCCCCUGAGGCAGCUGUCACAGUCCAGAACAGGAAGAGCAUGUCCAGCCUCUGCGUGAAUCUGUACAACGAGGAGGGAGAAGAGCAGGAUGAGGCUGUGCUGGAGCUGGAAGGGAAGCAGGUCAAUGAUGGAGAGGUGAAGUCUCACCUACACCCAGUGGAAAUCCACUUACCAGACCAGACUCACCAGGAGGCACGGGAGGACGUGGCUGUGGAUGGGGACACAGUUGACAUCCAUGAUGCAGAUUCCAACAUGGGCACCACGGAGGUCCGCUUAGCCAACGAGGAUCUGCAGGAAGCCCUAGGACACACCGCAGAGGAUGCAGCCACUGUGGAUAAUCAGGGCUCUGACCUGGCCACGGUGGAGACCCACUUGACCCCAGAGCCACAGGAGGUGCUGAGUCUUGUUGCUGUGGAUGGUGUCUCUCCGGCUGCCAUUCCGCUGUCAUUGCCAAGGCCUGAAAUCUCCCUGGAGAGCCAGUCCGUGCUGCUGGCGAGACACCCUGCUUCAAUCAAAUAUUGCCCGGGCCCUACCUUAGGGUACAAAGGUGACACCCAGGACCUCGGGUCCAUCCUGGGCUCCGUGGCCACCAAGGUCCCCCUGACCAGCAAGGAGAAGCUGGAAGCCUUAGGACACAUGGAAGGUGAGGAUGAUGGGAAGGUGAAUCCGGGUGAAUCCAUGAAGGCGGUGAGGUUGGUUCAGCAACCACCCCUGGGGGAAGAGGACAAAGUUGAUGUCAGCGGUGCGGGCUCCAUCCUGGCCACCCCACAGAUCCAUUCAAACCCAGAGAAGCUGAAAGAGGCAAAAGUGAAUGAAAGAGUUGCUCCUUCUCCUGGCUCUGCUCCCAAAACCAGGGUGACACCAAAGCAUCUGCCAAAGAAGAGGGUGAUAAAACCCCUCCCAAGGGAGGCACCCAGGGAGCCCUCAUGCAUCCCUCAGCAGAGAAUUGAGUGCAAAGCAGCAAAGAACAUGACAAGGAAACAACGGAAAGCAUUCUCCGAUGCUUUCAACUUAUUCCCCAAAGACCCGGAUGGCAAUAUUAAUCUUCACAGCCUGGAGGUGACCGCUAAGCAGCUGGGGAUUAGCUUAACCAGUCAAGAGGCGUACGAUGAACUGGUGUGUGCAGAUGCCGAUGGAGACAGGACAGUGGAUUUCUCUGACUUUCUGGACAUCAUUACUGACAAGAAGCAUUUCACCCAGACAAUAUCCCCUGGGAAAAAUGACUCAGGCAGCUUCGAUUCUGUCGAUGCCAGAGGAAUCCUCCUCUUCAAAGUCUUCUUGAAGCUGGUGGAGUUGGCAGCUCUGCCCCGGAGAACUCUGUUUCAGAUUAUCAGUUACUACGAGCAGAAGCUUAGGGACUGCACUGGCCAAAAAGUCUGGUUGGAUGGUGACUUCCUCAAGUGUCACAGAAAGAAGCCCCACAAAAUUCAGAAAAAGCCAGUUUACCUGAUGCCUGCCUUUGUAAGUGCUGCCCGUGCCUCAGCCAUGAACAAAACGGACAAAACAGCUUACAGGGAGCACCUCAAAGGCAGCCCUUAUGCCCAGGUACCCAUCUUCCCGCUGAUUUCUAAACAAGACGCAACGACACUGGCAAAGCCAAGAAAGGGCUUGCAGAAGGCGGCGAGGCAGAGGAAUGAGCCAACCGCUUUGUUUGCGAGCAGCUUCUUCCAUGACAGAAACCGGGUGCAGGAGGCAGCUGCUCUCAAGCCUCCCGCUCUCCACAGAAAGCAGAGACGCUCCCCUGCUCUCAACACCGAGCGCCCAAAUACACCCCGUCACCUGACAACGGACAGCCCAGGCAAGACACAAACACAAGCUGGACCGCCAGCUCUGCCGCCGGCGGCGGCCCGCGAGGGAGGGAACAGCGACGGACACCAGGCGAAGGCCGUGCCCGGACGCCACCGGAGGCCGGUGAAGGCUGGACAACGGCGGCUUGGGCCGGGCCUGCUCUCCCCCCGCUGUAUGAAAUGA